AUGGGCGAUGUUCCUUCAAGUAGGACCACUUCAUCCCGAUGGGAAAUGGAUAGGAAGUCCCCGGUGUCAAAACCAAACCUAUCUUCGAGAACCACUCAGCCAUCGGGGAACCUCGUUGCCAUUCAGCCCUCGUCGACCAAUUUCGAACAUCAUUCGAGUCCAACAGGAGUUGCUGGCCAUGGCCAGUAUAGACCCCCGCCAUCUCCCUUGAACAUGGGCGGCAUGGUUUACACCCUACCCUGUCACCAUCCGCACUCGCCGUUCGAGCAGCAGUCACACCACUAUCCACAACCAGCUCAUGGACAAGAAUUCAUGUACCCUAUGCACUCAAUGACUCCCUUUUCCGGGCAGCACACCGGCGCAAGGGUGGCCUAUGGUAGUCCAUUCGCCCCGGCCUACGCACCGUACUCACCUCUGGGCUCGGCAUUCCACCAUGGAAAUGCACAUUACCAGCCAGUUGUGUCAAAUGUACCAAUGCACAAUAUUGCACCUCCUCGGGCAUCUCACUAUAACCCGGGAUAUUACCUUCAUCCACCAUUCGCCGCACACCCUGGACACGGAAUUGCGGGUGGUCCUAUGUGGGAGACUGGGUUUCAAUCACGUCCAGGCACAAGUGCCUCGUCGAGACCUGGCUUCUCGCGCAAGGAAUCAGAAAGGAAACAUACAGAAAGGGAGUACGAUGUUUCGAAGACGAUUGUGGAUGGCUCAAACCCCAUGAAGUUGGUGCAAUCCCAAUCACCAGAUACCCAAUCUCGUUUCCACUCGAGCCCAGUCCUUCCCAGCACACCGCGAGGCCCGUCGAGAAAACCCAAACAGUCGGGCCAUGCGCUCUGGGUGGGCAACCUACCUCCGGGGACCAGAGUGAUGGAUCUCAAGGACUAUUUUUCACGAGAGGCGACCAGCGAGAUCGAAAGCGUAUUCCUGAUCCCCAAGAGCAAUUGUGCGUUUGUGAACUACAAAUCAGCUCCCGCAUGUGCCGCAGCGCUGGCACGAUUUCAUGACUCCCGAUUCCAAGGCGCACGUCUCGUCUGUCGGGUACGCCAAGGAUUCGCGGCAUUGGGUUCUGGUGUGACGAGCAUGGGUGUCAGUCCUCGGCUGCGCCCUGGAGACACUGCAACGAAUCUCUCUGGCGAUGAAACCCUCAUGUCGCCUGAGACGGGAACUGGUCCACCACCGGAUGCGAACCUGUCCCGAAUACCGGCUCGAUACUUCAUCGUGAAGAGCCUGGCGGUAGAUGAUCUCGAGCUCAGCAAACAGAAUGGCAUCUGGGCCACCCAGGUGCACAACGAAGCUAAUCUGAACCAAGCGUACGAGACCGCCGACGAGGUAUAUCUGAUCUUCUCGGCGAACAAGUCGGGCGAGUAUUUUGGAUAUGCUCGCAUGUCGUCACCCAUUCAUGACAAUGAGGAGCUCGCCUUAAAAAUGCCGCCGCGACCUGACCCAUUGCCCGAGAGGCCAGGUGAAGUGUAUGUGACCCCAACAACAGCCACUUCCACGGCGCCCGCGGGACGGAUCAUCGAUGAUUCGAUGCGGGGAACGAUCUUUUGGGAAGUCGAGUCCUCCGAUGAAGAUACUGCCAGUGAGAAGAGUAUCGAUGGCCUGGAAGAACCCGUUGAGAGCCAGUCGUUUGGCAAACCGUUUCGGAUCCAGUGGCUGUCUACUGAACGAGUCCCCUUUCACCGCACCCACGGAUUGCGAAACGCGUGGAAUGCCAAUCGUGAAGUCAAGAUCGCGCGCGAUGGGACCGAAAUUGAGCCGACAAUCGGCCGGCAGGUCCUCGAGCUCUUCCAUACCCCGAACACAUGA